AUGUCUUUUACUCGACAAGCACUCUUUGAGGAGAUCUCCCCGGCGAUUUCGUCCGAGCACGGGAAAGUGACAAUCGUCGGCGUGGGUCAAGUGGGCAUGGCGUGCGCGUACAGCAUUCUGCAACAGAAUCUUGCAAACGAGAUUUGUCUGGUCGACGUGGUGGCUGAUAAGUUGAAGGGUGAGAUGAUGGACUUGCAACACGGAUUGGCCUUCACAAAGCAUUGCACAGUCAAAGCCGAUACUGAUUACUCGAUUACUGCGGGCUCGAAGCUUUGCGUGAUCACUGCUGGCGCCCGUCAACGAGAAGGAGAAACGCGUUUGUCGCUUGUUCAACGGAACGUUGAGAUUUUCAAGGGAAUCGUGCCAAAGCUCGUUCAGUACUCGCCCGACACGCUAAUCAUGGUCGUUUCAAAUCCUGUCGACAUUCUCACCUAUGUGACGUGGAAAUUGUCGGGAUUGCCGAGGGAGAAAGUCUUCGGAUCCGGCACGAAUCUCGACUCGGCCAGAUUCCGUUUCCUUCUCUCUGAACGACUGAAUAUCGCCCCAUCGAGCUGUCACGGGUGGAUCAUCGGCGAGCACGGGGAUUCCUCAGUGGCUGUGUGGUCAGGAGUGAAUGUGGCCGGAGUGAAUUUGCACGAGAUCGUGCCGAUCGGGUUAGAAGGAGACACUGACAAUUGGGAGCAAGAAGUUCAUAGGAAAGUGAUCGAUAGCGCCUACGAGAUCAUCAAACUCAAGGGUUACACGUCAUGGGCAAUCGGGUUGUCGGUGGCGAAAAUCGUGCACGGAAUCGUCGGCAACACUCGCAAUGUCUACGCUUUGUCGACGAAUGUUAAGGGUUUUCAUGGAAUAAAUGACGACGUUUUCCUUUCAUUGCCCGUCGUUCUCGGCUCAAAUGGACUCACUCAUAUUGUCAAGCAAAAUCUAUCGGAAACUGAGAUCAGCCAACUCCAAAAGUCGGCCGAAUCGCUGUUGGAAGUGCAGAACUCGCUGAAACUU